AGAGAAGUGAAGUGGCGUGUGGGUGAGGGGUGAAGGGAGAGGCCCUCUGCGACCCGCUGCCUCCCGACUUCCCCUUCUUCCCGCAGAAGCAGCAGGACUUCGGCUGAGACAGCAGCAAGACGGCAGUGGCCCGUUUGCAGCCACUCAGCUACCCAGCCGUCUUUGUUUGGGAGGCUGCAUUGUACAGGGGGUGAGCACUGGACUUGGAGUCUGGAGCCCUGGGUUUGAGCCCCAGCCUGAUCACUGACCUGCUGUAGACCCCCAAGUAAACUCCUCUUGUGUGGUCCUCAGUUUCCCCACGGUCAACUGGAACCAUCUUGGUAGUCAGGCAGCAGCCAGUCCUCGGAGGAGACCCGGGCCCAGGGCAUGGGUCGCUGGGGCGCCCUUUGCCUCUGCCUGUGCCUGCUGACUUUUCAGGGCGUGACGGCAGAGUCGUCCCAGAUGCUUCUCCGCUGGAUGGAGAAGAUGGAGGAGCCGCCCAGGGGCCGCAGCGCCAUGCCCUCUCUCGCUCAGCAGGUCCACGUCCUGGAGCAGAUGCUGCUGAACGCCAGCCUGGGCGGCCCCAACCUGACCUUGCGGACGCGCUCCAUCCAGUCCCUGGCCUUCCAGCUGGGCUGCGACUUCGCGGGGCUCUCGCUGGGCAGCGCCGCCGCCGCUCUGAAGCCGCUUCCCCAGGCCGGGGGCCACCACGCCAUGCAGUUCCCCGCCGAGCUGACCCGGGACGCCUGCAGGACCCGCCCCAGGGAGCUGCGGCUCGUCUGCGUCUACUUCUUCACAGACACCUUUUUCAAGGAUGACGAGAACUCGUCUCUGCUCAAUGACUACGUCCUGGGGGCCCGGCUGAGCCACGGACGCGUGAGUGACCUGGCGGACCCGGUCAACAUCAGCUUCUGGCACAACCGAAGCCUGGAAGGCUACACGGUGACCUGCGUCUUCUGGAAGGAGGGAGCCAGCGAGCGCCGCUGGGGGGCCUGGAGCUCCGAGGGCUGUCGUACAGAGCAGCCCUCACCUUCCCAGGUGCUCUGCCACUGCAACCACCUCACCUACUUUGCGGUUCUCAUGCAGCUCUCCCAGGCCCCGGUCCCCGCGGCGCUGCUGUUGCCCCUCACCUACGUGUCCCUCGUGGGCUGCGGCGUCUCCAUCGCGGCCUCGCUGCUCACUGGCCUGCUGCACUUGGCUCCCGCGCUCCUGGUGCUGCGCUCCUCGCUGCCAGAGCUCGGCGUACGGGCCUACUCCGUCUCAGCAGUGGGCCAACGGCACGGCCUUCCGGAACACGUCCAAAUGGCGGGGGCUGAGCCGGGGGACGCGGCCAGGUGGAGGCGGUCAGAGGCCCGAGUGACUCAGUCUCCCCCGCGGCCUCAGAGCCACAGCAAGCCUGUCCCCCUCCCCCGCAGAUGCUGGGUGCGGAGCCGGCUGGUGCACAGCGUCCUGGUCAUGGGCUAUGGCGGCCUCACGUCCCUGUUCAACCUGGCGGUGCUGGCCUGGGCGCUGCAGGCCCUGCGCAGGCUGCGGGCGCGGGUGGUGGUGCGGGGCGCGCGGGCCUGCCGGGACACCGUCACCGUGCUGGGCCUCACCGUGCUGCUGGGCACCACCUGGGCCUUGGCCUUCUUCUCCUUCGGCGUCUUCCUGCUGCCCCAGCUGUUCCUCUUCACCACCUUCAACUCGCUCUACGGCUUCUUCCUCUUCCUGUGGGUCUGCUGGCAGAGGCGCCGGGCGGAGGCGGAGGCCCGGGCCGAGAUGGAGGCCGGCAGCUCCUCCCAGGCGACGCCAUAGCCGGGCCCCUGGCCUGGAGCCGCAGCCUCCCCGCUGCCUGCACACCAAGGCCCCGGCCCCCACCAGAGGGGGCGGCAGGUGGCAGGCCUGCCUCUGGACCCC